AGGGUUACAGCAUUUUGUAUCCUCCGGCUGGGACCGAGGCCGGCUCCCCCCCGGCGGGAUAGUGUCCGGCAGGUUAGAGGUGGCCCGAGCCGCGCCGGGCACGGACCUAGCGGUGCGUGGUGGGGCGCCCCGGCAGCCUGCCUUCCCCUGCAACUUCGUCCGGGGCUGGAGUUACAGGUGUCUACCUGAAUUUCCCAGCUGCAGAAUAUGUAGAACCUUGAAAGGUUGGCAGUAAUGAGUAAAGUGGAAUUACAAGAAGACAAGAUGCUGGAGGUUCAGUUUGUGGGAGAUGAUGAUGUUCUUAAUCACAUUCUUGAUAGAGAAGGAGGAACUAAAUUUAAAAAGGAUCGACCUCAGCUUUUGGUCAACACAAAAAAAUUAAUAAAGAAGCCAGCAUAUGAUUUGGAGGAAGAUGACCAGGAAGUCCUUAAAGAUCAGAACUAUGUGGAAGUUUUAGGACGAGAUGUUCAAGAAUCCCUAAAAAAUGGAUCUACUGUAGAUGGUGGGAAUAAAGUUUAUUCUUUUCAGAAUAGAAAACACUCUGAGAAGAUGGCUAAAUUAGCUUCAGAACUAGCAAAAACACCGAGAAAAAGUGUUGCACUGAAUUUGAAGAAUGAUCCUGAAAUCACGAUAAACAAUCCUCAAAGUAGCAAGGAACAUUCUGCUUCAGCUGAAGUUCAGUUGAAGAACAAUGACAAAAGUGAAUUUCUGCCAACAGCAUCGCGGGGUUUAAGGAAAAGAUUAAUGGUUACAAGGUCUCAUUCUGACAGUGAGAGUGAAUAUUCUACUUCCAAUUCAGAGGAUGAUGAAGAGGCUGCACAAGAAGAUGAGGACACCAGUGAAGUCAGAUUGAGCAAAAAGAUGCAAGCUCAUAAUCAAAUAGUUUCAGCUUCCACUUGCAAAGAAACACCUUGUAAGAAAAUAAAAAGAGAUAAAACAAGUGACUUAGUAGAAGAAUAUUUUGAAGCUCACAGCAGCUCAAAAGUUUUAACUUCUGACAGAACACUGCAGAAGCUAAAGAGGGCUAAACUGGAUCAGGAAACUUUGCAUAACUUACUAAGCAAGGUUUCACCUUCCUUUUCUGCUGAAAGAAAACAACUAAAUCAACAACAUGAACAAUUAUUUCAUAAAUGGAUGUUGCAGUUACACCUGGGUUUCAACAUUGUGCUUUAUGGUUUGGGUUCGAAGAGAGAGUUAUUAGAAAGGUUUCGAACCACCAUGCUGCAAGAUUCCAUUCAUAUUGUCAUCAAUGGCUUCUUUCCUGGAAUCAGUGUGAAAUCAAUCCUAAAUUCUAUAACAGAAGAAGUCCUCGAUCAUAUGGGUACUUUCCGCAGUAUACUGGAUCAGCUAGACUGGAUAAUAAACAAAUUUAAGGAAGAUUCUUCUUUAGAGCUCUUUCUUCUCAUUCACAAUUUGGAUAGCCAAACAUUGAGAGGAGACAAAAACCAGCAGAUUAUUGGACAGUUGUCAUCUUUACGUAACAUAUACCUUAUAACAUCUAUUGAUCACCUAAAUGCUCCUCUCAUGUGGGAUCAUGCAAAGCAGAGUCUUUAUAACUGGCUCUGGUAUGAAACUACUACAUAUAGUCCUUAUACUGAAGAAACCUCCUAUGAGAAUUCUCUUCUGGUUAAGCAAUCUGGAUCCCUACCACUUAGUUCCCUUAUUCAUGUCUUACGAAGCCUUACCCCUAAUGCAAGGGGAAUUUUCAGGCUACUAAUAAAGUAUCAGCUGGAUAACCAGGAUAAUGCUUCUUACAUUGGACUUUCUUUUCAAGAUUUUUACCAGCAGUGUCGGGAGGCAUUCCUUGUCAAUAGUGAUCUGACACUUCGGGCCCAGUUAACUGAGUUUAGGGACCACAAGCUUAUAAGAACAAAGAAGGGAGCUGAUGGAGUGGAAUAUUUAUUAAUUCCUGUUGACAAUGGAACAUUGACUGAUUUCCUGGAAAAGGAAGACGAGGAGUGUUGAAGUGGUCAUUCAUUGUUGAAUCUUUGUGGAAGGGUUGUACUUGGCUGCCACUCCUCUAGUCUGAAGUGUUGUUUACAUCCAAUAUUAGACUCUUUCCAGUGUACAAAAUUUAAAAUCGGGAGGGGGGAAUGUCAUCAGUUAGAACCUUGAUUAGCCUGGCUGGUUUACCAUCUCUAGUACUAUGCAUUGAUUCUCAAGUUGAGAGAAAAUGUGCCUUUCAUUCAUUACCUCUCCAGAGACUUCUUACAAGAAUGAACAGUGUGCUCAGGGACUAUUUGGAACUGGAUGCUUUUCAAUUAUUUUAUACUAGAGAUGAUAUCCCUAACUUUUUGAGGGUCUUUUCAACACUCCUGGAGUUGAUUAUUUGUGAAUAUGCUUGUUCCAGAGUGUGGAAGUCCAAAAACAUUGGCAUCACAUAAUUGCUUUAUUUGCUAUUCUCUGUGUCAGAGUUCAUGAGUGUAAUGGAGGAAUCAGAUCAUCUCUUAUGACUUCAGAAAUGGCUUAACAAAAGAUGUAAGACUGGGGAAAAGGUAGGUGAACCAGCUUUCUCCUUUAGGCUACAUACUGGUUGCGGGAGACAUGGUUGACACUAUUCAGUUGGAAUAGUGAAAAAAUCCUAACAAGUAUAGAGGGUGUAUACCCACUUUAGAAAGCACACAAAUAAUAUUGGAUCUAUCAUGAUAAUCAGAACUGUUAAUACCUGUCAUCACCUUCAUAAUACAAGGGAAAAGCCAGGCUAGAAAAAUACAAUCCUGAAUUACACUUUAGUCAUUUUCAAGACAUUGGAAAAUAAAAAUUUAUUCUUGUAUAUCAACAUAUUUUUCCUUUCUUGAAUAACAUACAAGUAAGUAGCAUAUUAAUGGCUGACUAAGUUAAUCUUGACUUACCAUUUAGACUUAAUUAAAAAUACUAAGAUGUUAAUGUUUUUCUUAAAGUGAUGAUUACAAACCCAAAUAUUUACACAAACCUUUCUUCCUAGGAAAGAGAGAAAGGCUAGCUGUGGCCACUUGAUAGCUUAGCCUUCACAUAUGCUUUUAAGUAUUUCAUACUUGGAAAUGAAAUUUUUCAUUAAAAUAUCACUGUAGUAAGUAUUGGACUGCAUCAACAUUUUUCAUCAUUUCAUGUAUCUUUGUAAAUUUUUUUCAUGAAAGUAAUCUUCCCAAAUGUUUAAGUUUCUUGAGUCAUUUGUAAAUAGUUAAUUUAUGUAAAAUCCAUACAUUAAGAGAUUAAUCUUAAGUAUAGUUACUAACCAAAUUAUUUAAACAUUUAUUCAUGAAUGUGACUUGAUUUUUUUUUUUAAUUGUACCAAAGGACAUCGAUGAAAAGUCAGUUUCUUUUCUAUUCCCCAGUCAAUUUCUUAGGCCACCAUUGAUUAUCACUCCUUAUCUCCUCCUAAAAACACAAGUGGUAGCAUAUAUUUGCUGACCUGCACCUUGCUUUUUUGUCUCCCAUACCUAGUUUAUAACUUACAGUAAAAAAAGGUAUACAAAAUCUUUAACUACCUAAUGUGCAAACUUUGCAUUUGCUCUUUAAAAACUACUGGUUUAUUUUUAUAAUUUUUGUGUCGAUAACUAUUUGCAAGUAUGUGUCAACCAUCUUUAAUAUUAAUAAACAAAAAGUCAAUUUGGAUAGAAUCAUUUUAA